GCGGGGCGCAGCGGCCGUGCCGGGAAGAAUGUUAUGUUGAAGAAGAAAUUUCCACAGUGACAGAUUUCCAUGAUGGAUGAUUUCAAAAGAACUUAUCUUCGCCUCUGUAAAGAAUUUUGCAUUGAACCCCAAGAAUGCAUCCUGAAUCAGCUGCGCGAUGCUUGUGAUGGAAACUUAAGAAAAAGGCUGGAUCUCUCCACACAGUCUCUCUCGGUUGAUACAUGUGCAGUCCUGGGAAAGGUUUUAAUGAAUGACAUAGUGUUUACAGAAAUAAUGCUUUGUGACUGCAUGCUGAAUGAAGAAGGUGCCAAACAUCUGUUGUAUGGACUGUGUACAAACACCGUGAUUGAAACUUUAGACCUUAAGGGUAAUAAUCUGCGAGCAGCUGGGGCUGAAGCACUGGGAAAGCUGCUGCGGCAAAACAAGUCUCUCAAGAGGUUGAUAUUGGAAUGGAAUGCUCUUGGAAUGUGGGAAGAAGGAUUUUGCAUCUUCUGUGAGGGAGUGAAAGCCAACAAACACCUUAAACAUCUAGACCUACGCAAUAAUCAGGUCAACCACCAGGGUGUCGCGGAGCUAGCACUGGCCUUAAAACACAAUGAUACGCUAGAGGAGCUGGAUCUUCGGUGGAAUAAUGUUGGCCUAAUAGGCGGGCGGUCAUUACUCAAUGCAUUACAACAAAACAAGUCCUUGGUGCGGCUAGAACUAGCUGGAAACAAUAUUCCCAGUGACAUCUUGAAAGCCACAGAGCAAGCAAUAGACCAUAACUUGGAUUGCCAGACAGCCCUGAGAGAGAACAGAGUUCGGUCAAAAGUCCUCAGCAAUGAGAUCCAGUGCUUGAAAGUGGAAAAAACAAAGCAAUUCCUGAAUUUGAUGGGUGUAAUUGAUCAACAAAAGGAUGAAUUGUGCCGAAGCAAUAGGACUUCUGCUGUACAAGUUGGACAGUUACAAGAAGCAUUAAACGAGAGGAGUUCUAUCGUCAAUUCCUUACGGGCAAAAGUACAAAUGUCAGAAGCUGCUUUAGCAUUAUCAGAACAAAAGACCAAUGAUCUGAAAGACCUCUUGGAGAAGGCAAGAAUGGAAAAUUUUGAGUUGAAAGAGAAGCAUUCAAAGGAGCUUAAGAAUGAGCAAGAGGAAGCAUGUAAACGAGAGGCAAAGUUGACCAGAGAAAUAAAUACAGCAAAUGGGAAAAACAUGGAGCUCAAAAACAAGGUGGAUGAAUUAGAGCGACGAAGUAAGAGCCAACAUGAUCAGAUCUGCCAUCUGAAACAAGAACUGACCAAUGUGACUGCUGAAAUGAAACGGAAAAUAGCACAAACUGAAGAACGUCUGGAAGCUGAGAAGAAGAGAUAUAAGCAAGUGAUGGAUGAUGCAGAUGCACUACGGCAGAAAGAGGUGGACCACAUGAAACGACACUUGGAGGAGACACAGCGAUCAUUGCAGGAAAGAAUUCACAAACUUGAAAACGUUAAACUUCAGCUGGAAGAAGACCUAAGCCGAGUGAAGGCAGCUGCUAUAACUGACCGAGCACAAGCUGAAGAGGAGCAGAUUAAAGCAAGAAACCAAGCACGAUUGGAGGAGCAACAGAAAUUAGUCCACUUGGAAGAGAAGCUUCAUCACCUUGCUCAGUCACGUGAUGAAUUCCAGAAUCGUUGUACUGCCCAAAAGCAAACUAUCGCUGAGUUACAAGGAAAGAACAACAAGCAUGCUUUUGAGAUUGAAGGUUUAAAGCGCCGAAUUGAAGAACUAAAUCAGGAGCUGUCUAGCAAGGAUCAAGAAAAGGUUGCAGAGGUGAAUAAUAUACGGGUAGAACUCCAGGAACAAAUUGGACAUCUGCAGGCAGAGAGAGCAGCACAGGAAGGGCUCAAAGAGAAGAUCUCUGCCUUAGAGAGGCAAUUGAAAGUGCAGUCAAGUAGCCAUCGAGAAACCUUGUUGGAUAAAGAUGGUGAAAUUUCCUCCUUACUGGAAAAAGUCCGCCUGAAAGACAACGAGAUUAUGCGAAUGAGGGAGGAUGAAGCACAACGAGCUAGCUUCCUACAUAAUGCAAUCCUCUCCUAUGUGCAAGGUUCUCCUCUUGGCACCCAAAGUACAAAGAAAUGAAAUUUUACAGCAAAAAUAACAGAAAUGUGGACAACUAGUAAAGGGAGCCAGCUGUUUUUUUGUUUUAAAUUUUGCAUAAUUGCAGUUGGGAUGAGUUUGGCAAAUUUCUUAAAAGUGUAUAUAUAUAAAUUUUUGGUGCAGGCAAAAUGAAGUUAAGCGGAUAGAAGGAUACUGAUGAAUGAUACUUCAAAUGCAGUAUAUCAACAGAAAGGUUUCUAUAUGAGAUGAUUUAAGGUGCAAAGCAAAUUUUGAUGGUAUACAAUCAAGUCUGAGAAAAGGUACAAGCCUGAAAAAUGUAAUUGUAAAUACUUUUGUAGUGGUUUUAUGUUUCAAUUAUUGGAGAUUACUUAGAUUCAUGGAAGAUUUAAUCAACUGGCUUGCUAAAAAUGAUGUGCAAUGCCUGCUUGGGUUUUUUUUUUCUGUUUAAAUGGGAUAAUGCUAAAAUUUGCUUCUUUGGCUAAACCAUCAGUUUAUAUUUUGACAUCUGGAAGUCAGACUUUGAAAUGUACAAUUUUUAAAGCUACCUAUUGAUGUUCACUGAAUUUCUGGUGGAUAAUGAAAUAUUAUGUCCAGACAUCUUGGAUCACACAGAGUCUGAAAUAAUGCUGAAAUUUAUGAUUUCGUGCCUAUGUUGCAUCAAAAUUUCCUGUAGAAAUUAUUUACAUUGAGCAUGAAAAUUGAUGCAAACCUAAUACUACCUACAGAGGUGAUUAUGAAUGUGCUUGAGAGUACAAUGGCACUUCGCUUUUGAAGUCUCUUGCGUCAACUGGUGCUGUUCCACAAUUAUAUAGAACUAGGAAAUUCACAGUAGUAAAAAUAAUUUGUCCUAUUAGGAGGGAUGGUGAUGUUGAAAACAUUAUUGGUGCAUUAGAACUUACAGCAGUUAGGUUAAGUGUGGUGUAAAUGUUGGUGAGAACAUUUCUAAAGAUAAAGAUGUAAAAUGUUGUUCCACCAAUAUCAGAUGAUACUGGGCUGUGUAGUGUCUAGAUCUCUGGAUGUAACUCUACAUAAGUGCAUUAUUUGCAUAAGAAAUGCAUAGGCAGUUUUGCUUAGCAUCAUCAUAUUGAAGAGAAUAGGGCUAUAGAUAGAUCCUUGAGGAAUUCCUUAGGUAAUAUCAAGGAAUUAGGGGGAAAAAAAACAAAAUAGGGACAAGUUCUGACCACAGUUGGAUAGUGAGAGCAAUACCACUGAUCUGGAGCAAAAAUAAGAAAACUGGAAGAACUCAGAGGGUCAGGCAGCAUCUGUGGAGGCAAAAGGUGUAAGUCAACAUUUUGGGUCAAGACGGAAGAGGAGAGAUUGCCAGUAUAUAGCUGGACAAAGGGGGAGGGGGUGGGAUAGAGGCUGGUAGGUAAUAGGUGGAGCUAGAUAAAGAAGGGAUGGGCAGAUGGGGACAGGGAUUGGGAAAAGUGAGUUUUUGUUGGAGGGGAGCACUGGAGGUAGCCAUGGGCUCUGCCUUUUUGGUUCUGUGGAACAGUCAUUGUUCCAAGCCUAUUCCAGCAAACCCACACUCCCCACCUCCAACUCUUUUUUUUUUCUCUCUACACCUACGACUGCAUCAAUGCUGCUUCCUGCACUCAUAUAGAACUUGUCAUUUUCAUCACCUUUGCCACCAACUUCCACCCUGUCCUCAAAUUCAUCUGGACUAUCUCUGACACUGGCCAGAUCUGUUCUCAAGAUGAGGCCUUCUGCUCUAGAGUUUCUGAACUGUCCUCCUUUCUGGAAACAUGACCUCUCUUCUGCAAUAGUUGAUGGAGUCAUCACAUGUAUUUCCUCCAUUUCCCACAGGUCUACUCUCACUCCACCUUCCACCCACCCCUCAAGACUGAACAGCAAUAAGAGUUCCAUUGGCCCUUGUCUUUCACCCCACAAGCCAGCACAUCCAACAUAUUAUUGUCCGCCAUUUCGGCCAGCUCCAACGCAAUCCCACCACCAGUCACAUCUUCCCCUCUCCUCACCUUUCUGAUUUCCACGGGGCCGACUCUCUUUGUGAUUCCCUGGUCCACACAUUCUCCCCACCCAUGCCUCGCUGUCCCCCGGCACUUACCCCUGUGAUCACAGGAGUUGUAACACUUGUCUUUUCACCACCUCCUUCUCCACCAUCCAGGAACCUAAACAUCCCUCCCAAAUGGGUAGAAAUUCACCUGCACCUCUUGCAACCUGGUCUACUGCAUUUGGUGCUCACGAUGUGGCCUCCUGUACAUUGGGGAAACCAAGCAUAGAUUAGGUGACCAUUUUGCAGAGUGUCUGCACCCUGCAACAACCAUUUUGAGCUUCCCGUUGCAUGUUAUUUUUACCCCUCAUUCUCAUUCCCACUCCCAUUCCCGUAGUGACCUGUCUGUCCUCUGCCUUUUCAAAUUGGAAGAACAAAAUCUAGUGUUCUGCUUGGUUAGCUUACAACCCAAUGGUAUGAACAGUGAAUUUUCCCAUUUCAGGUAACCCAUAUCCCCAUUGCCCUCCUCCCACGCACACUUACCUGUCCACCUAGUUUUCUUCUCCCUUUAUUCACCUUUGCCAUUCCCUUCCCCCAUCU